AUGUAUUCAGUUACAGCAAAACCAUUACCCAAGCAGCCAGCGAUAAUACUAUUGGCUGCUCCACCAGGUGUUCACGAUGUAGUGGAUGCAAUCGCUAGAGAAGUUGCGGCAAGCUAUCCUCAGUCAAGCCAACCGCCUGUCAAUAUCCAUGCAUCGCAAUUUGCAGACACCACACAAAGUGAUGCUAAGGAACAGUUGGAUAUAAAAUUGGGAAACGCUCUUGGUGGAGAAAGUAAAUCCGUUGUUAUAUUCAACCUGGAAAAACUACCUCCCAAUUCUCUUCUAAUUUUUUACAAAUAUUGUGACCACGAAACUGCACCAUUCAAGAACGCCGUCAUCGUUUUCACCGUCCACUUACCAGAUUCGUUUGAUUCAGAUGACACUAUACACCGACGCGAGCAAUCGGUUGAAGAUUUUUUAAUUUCCAAUUGGCUUGGACGUGGUUCUGAUCACGACAUGGAUCAAGACAAACUCGGAGCUCUGCUCAGUCGCAUCGCAAACUCAAUUGCCAUAGCAACAAGCAACAGCGGCAAUAAGAAAUAA